AUGCAGGCAAGAGACACGGAAAUACAGGCACUCAAUAGCAUUCAACGGGAUUUGGAGACGCAGAUCGGCUUGGCUAAACAGCGUGCUUCAGAUGUGCAGACGGAGAAUGAGCAAAUUUCAGAGGAGAACCAUACUUUGACAUCGCAGCUUCAAUGUGCCAAGCAGAGGGAGAUCAAAUUACGGCCUCGAGAGGAGACAAACUGGCGCCGCAUCACGGAGUUGACGCAGGAGAGAGAUGAUUUGAAGUUGCAGCUGCAGUCUGCCAAGAAGACGUGCGCAGCAGCGGGGUCUGAAAAAGAGCAAACGUCAUGUUCGUCCAGGAAAUUGAGAAUGGGACGGGAUGCAUUGAAGUCCCAGCUUUGA